UCUCUUUCAUCCUCCCCUAAUACUGCUUCACUGCGAACAUGGCCGGCUCGUGCCCUGAAUGUCACUCUGAAGCCAAGUCCCUCUUUUCUCUUCCCUGUGGUCACACAUAUUGCAAGUGAUGCGUAGACAAGAUGGAGAGUCUGGACAGCAGUCGAUUCAAAGAACUUUGCUUCAAUGCCUCGCGGUGUCCAAGGUGUUGCAAGCCGUUACCCCAUCAUCCAUUGGAAGGGAACAUACACACCGUCCCACGUAAAUUCUGACCGUACCUGCUCCCCACUGUCGUCCACAUCGACCCUGAUAACUCGGCAAAGCGGGAGAAGGAACAACUCAGAAGACAACUGGUAUUACUACAGAUGCGGUGUAAAUGUAUGUCCAACGAAAUACGUGAGAAAGAUCUGCAACUGGGUAAGCAAAACCAGGUGGCCAUGUGCUGCUCUUGUGCUUGUUACGUUGUCCACUUAUUAUUGCUCAUGCGUCGUGCUAAAUUAUUCUUGGAUUGAGGCAGAUUGCAUAUAUUUUCCCUAAACCUCCGGAUGCAUAUUCUCGAGCAUCGUGUUUCCAGUAAAUAGGAUCUAAUUAUAUUAUACAUAUCUUCCAAUCGGUCCUUCUUGUCUUUAUUAUUCAUGGAAUUCUGUUCGGCUCACGGCGUUCUGUAUUCGUCUUUUUGUAUGGAGCCUCCCUGUGUGGCG